AGGGAAUCAAUGCCGCUGGCUAAAGAUUGACAAGUGACUAAGUAAGGUAUAGAGGAGUUUGGGGGUAUUAAAGUCAAACUGUAAAACUCUGGUCUCAUAGUGUGCUGACAGUUUGACAGCACCAUGCUGGCUGCAGGGGUCCUGCUCAUUUUCCUCAGUGUGCUAACUGUACAUGGAACCGACACAGUUCUGGAUGUCGAUUAUUACAUAGAAUAUGACUAUGACUACACCACUGAGGCUCCUGUUGAUAUCGAAUAUGAUAACUGGUUGAUUGACCUCUUAGAAGAAUCCAGUGCUUGUGAUCCAUAUCCUUGCUUAAAUGGUGGCUCCUGCCAAAGUAAAUCUGCUACAGAAUUCACAUGCUCAUGUCCUGAGCCCUAUAGAGGCACAAGGUGUGAGCAAGUGAGAAAUAUUUGCAAGGAUGUCAAAUGUGGCUUUGGUGAUUGCAUCAUCAACCUAAAUAAACAGCCAUUUUACGAGUGCAAAUGCAAGCCUCCGUACCAAGGCUCAGACUGCAGGACAUUGCCAGCAUCUCCCUGUGAACCCAACCCAUGCAAGAACGGAGGCACCUGCAUAAAAACCAAGCGCCGCUUCCGCUGUGCUUGUCCAGAUGGCUACAGCGGGAAGUUCUGUGGAACUGAUCCUAAUGACUGUUAUGAGGGAAAUGGAGAGUCAUACAGGGGUGCAGUCAGCAUGACAGAAGAUGGGCAGGAGUGUCUGGACUGGAAGUCUAAUUUCAUUCUACUAAAUGGACAGAAUCCUUUCACCGCAUACUCAAACUUCUCUGGCCUGGAUUCAAACACACAGAACCACUGCAGGAACCCAGAUGGUGACGACAAGCCUUGGUGUUUUAUCAAAAAGCGAGGAAAACUGGACUGGAAUUUCUGCAAAGUCAAAGAAUGCUCGAAAGCCCCAGCUGCUCCACCCCAACCAGUUGUACCGGUUGUACCGGUUGCACCAAAUCCUCCCCAAUUCUCCGAGUGUGGAAAACCACAGCCUACUCGCAUUGUCAGGAUUUUUGGGGGAAAAAAGUCUUUCCCGGGUGCUCAUCCCUGGCAGGUGUCGGUGCAGACAAGAACUAAAGGAUCAUCCACUACGUUUUUCCACAUGUGUGGUGGGAUUCUCCUCAAAUCCUGCUGGGUUCUCACUGCUGCCCACUGCAUAAACCCUAAUGAAGAAUUGCAAGUGGUGUUGGGAGGAGUGAACAUUGACAAACAUGAGGAAAUUGACCAGACCAUCCCCGUAAUAGAGACGAUUGUUCAUGAAAACUACAAGGAGAAGACUGAGGCUUUAUACAACGACAUUGCUCUGCUCAAACUUCAAGUUACAGACAGCCCUUACUGUGCGAAAGAAACUCGCUUUGUGAGGGCAGCGUGUCUACUAAGCCAGCCCUUCCCACCUGGAAAGGAGUGUGUGGUCUCCGGAUGGGGAAAAACUGAAAACCGCACUUACAGCAGCCACCUGCUGAACACUCGCGUGUUGCUGAUCUCUCAAGAGCGAUGCAGCAUUCCUCAGAUCUAUGGGAAUGUGUUGGACAACAGCAUGUUAUGUGCAGGGAUCCUACAGGGCGGUGUAGACUCCUGUGAGGGUGAUUCAGGGGGUCCACUGGUGUGCGAAGAGGACGGUACGUAUUAUGUCACCGGUGUGGUGAGCUGGGGCAUUGGCUGCGGUCUGAGGAACAAGCCCGGUGUCUACGCCAACGUCCACACGUUCCUUAACUGGAUCGAAAGCAAGAUCAACUAACAAGUGAAUGAGCUGACUGAACUACAUUCAUUUGCUGCCACUCUGCAUAUAGAAAUCUUUCUUUAUCAUAGGAAGAAUAAGGAAUUGCUGCUUACUUGUGCCUUGACAAAACAGUUUAUUUUAUCAGCGACAAAACCAAGCAUUUACUCCCAGUCCA